CUCUAUCGCCUACCCUAUAAGAACACACAUUAUGUCAUGCGUGCGCUUCUUUUCGAUUCCUUGAUACGAGUGAAUCCAGUCCGAUGGCAGAGGGUUGUGGAAGACCCUCGGAUGAUCAGAUUCUACUUAAAGAAAGUGUGUCUGAUCAUUGCUGAUGGUCUAACUAAGGGGAUGUGCAUUGCAAUAUACUUGUUCGCACGAUCGGUAGUGAGAAUGGGCAAACGCUCAGGAUGGCUGCAUGUUGCUUUAAAACAGUUUAGUUCAUCGCUUCAAAAGGCGUACGGGGGUGUACAUGAACCUCCGGCCUUGCUUCUUACCUUUCUUUUAUCUACUCCAGUCUCUCUAAGUGCGUCUUCCAUUCUAGCCUAAGCCAAAGCCUUCGGAGGAAAGUCGGGUUUUUUGGCAUAAGAAUUGGAUAAUGAGAAGGCGUUUUAUUCCAUUCUCAUUUAGAAAGACAUGCUUUGUCUACAGACUCGGCUUCUUUCACAUAGGAUGUUGGGGUCUGUCCUACAGGAAUUUCCCUUGCACCGGGACUUCUUUAACGUCAAAUAAAACUGAUUCAAGUCA